CAUUGUUAGAAAAAGGUCCUGUUAUAACCUAGAGAAACUUCUGAAUGUGAAGUGUGAAGGAUCGAAAAGGCGCGCAGUCCGAGAGAGACAGAAUGGGGAGUGAAGAAGAGAGCACAGUGAAGGAGCCGCUGGAUCUCAUCAGGCUCAGCCUCGACGAGAGAAUUUACGUCAAGCUCCGUUCCGACCGUGAACUCCGCGGAAAACUUCAUGCUUAUGAUCAGCAUCUUAAUAUGAUUCUUGGUGAUGUUGAAGAAAUUGUGACAACUGUUGAGAUUGAUGAUGAAACAUAUGAGGAGAUAGUUAGGACUACAAAACGGACCAUUCCUUUCCUUUUUGUUCGUGGAGAUGGUGUAAUACUGGUGUCCCCUCCUCUGCGGACUGCAUGAUUGACCAAAGAAAUGGUAUUGCUGUGGUAGUGCGAAUGAUGUACUAUUUCAAAAGGAACUUAGGCUCGCUAGCUUUUGGCUUGUUCAAAAGUGUUACUGUGGAUAUUAUGAUCUGUUGGAACGAGUAUUAUUUGUGUAACAGUAAAGUGCACCCUUUAUUACAACUUAAAAUGCCCUAGUAUUACAGUACAAAUUUGAACUUA